AUGGACCUGGACGAAUCUGACGAGGAGGUCCCCGAACCGGCACGAAAAUGCCGUCGCCCGACACUCACGAUGCCAACAGUUCAACGCACCCUUCGGUCGACCUUUCUGACGACUGACGAGGAAGCGGCACAAGAGGAGGAACGACAGGGCUCCGUCUGUUCAGCCCUGAGUCUAUACGCUCCACAGGCGCAGGCACCAGGCAUAUGCCUACAUCUCCCUCCUGACAUGGAUGAAAUGGAGCACAAAUUCACCCUAUGUGCAGUAGAACAGGCCGCGGCGGACUACCUCCAUCGCAGGUGGGUCACCUUCGAGCAACUGGAUGCCCUGCUGGACACUAUGCCUACCACCUCUGCCUGUCGCAAUGCAUCGGUGGCACUGCCACAGUCUGCUGACCAGCGGAUUGUCACAUUCGGCGCAUACCAGCAGGGGCCACUGGCCGGUCUGAGGACACCAACGCAUCGUUUUCCGAUGGCGACGUGCCUCCUCAACACGGUCGUGCACACCAUGGCCGGACGCCAUCCACGCACGACUCUAUUCCUGGCACGCAACAUGGCCUCUGGAUUGCACACCGACAACAACCAACAAGGGGUGAACAACCUCCUGAUCCCUCUCUCCAACUUCGAGGGCGGCCACCUCUUUGUGGAGGACAACGCCGGGGAUUACCUGUUGGACUCCGGAGGACCCAGAGGACAAGUUCUCCCCGUGACCUUGCCCUACCUUAGUUUUGAUGCCUCACGCCGACACCUGGUACUGCCAUGGACGGGACGCAGACUCAUACUCGGUACUUAUCACAUCCGAGAUGCGGACAAGCUCUCCGCGAAUUCCGCUCUGUACCUGAAGUACUCAGGUUUCGAGGCUGCCCCUGCUGACGCCGACCUUCUGGCAUGGCCGGACCAGUGCCCCUGCCCACUCGCACAAGCAAAGCUGACUCUGCAGCGCUGCCUCAGCGUGAAUGCAUCUGCAGCUUUCCUGAUGCGCCGCCGGGCUCAAGAUCACUGA